UCUCUUCUAAUUAUUGUCGUUUUCUGGGAAAACCAAAACUUGUUCAAAGUUCCCACUCGUAGUACGUACCAUUCUCAUUGCUAUUUCUGGUUUCUUUCUUAUUUACAAGAAUCCUCUGUUACUUUUUAGGGUUUCCUCUCACUCUGUUCGUUCACUUUCUCACCAACAAUGCAUCCAACAAGGUAUCGUCAACCACAACCUUACAAACACAAUAUGAAUGUCUGUCUAACAUGUGGUCAUAGAGGAGAUUCAAAGCUCCUCAUAUACUGUAUCCAGUGUAAAGCUUGUGCUGAACAUAGUUAUUGUCUAGAGAAGAUCCACCGGAAUGAGGAUGGGAAAGUAAUCUGGAGAUGCGAGGACUGUACUCCAAAUAUCCCAAAAUGCAAACCUGAACCGUCAAGAAAAAGCGAACGCAUAAGUUAUGCAACUGAAGCUAAAUAUAAAAGGAUGAUAAUGAAAAAGAAGAGUUGUGCAUUUAGAAAACAAACACUUUUUAGAUCAAAUGAAGGAGAAAGUGUUGGAUGCCUUGCUAAAAAAGAGACCGGGAAGGUAUUGCGAACCCUUGAGAAUGAAAAUGUUCUUUGUAAGCAGCCUGAAUCACCCAAAGUCAAUGAGACUGAGAAGGUAUUGCCAACCCUUGAGAAUGAAAAUGUUCUUCGUAAGCAUCCUGAAUCACCCAAAGUCAAUGAGACUGAGAAGGUAUUGCCAACCCUUGAGAAUGAAAAUGUUCUUUGUAAGCAGCCUGAAUCACCUAAAGUCAAUGAGACUGACAAGGUAUUGCCGACCCUUGAAAAUGAAAAUGUUCUUUUAAAGCAGCCUGACUCACCUAAAGUCAAAGAUCCUUCGAAUAUAUCAUAUGGCAAGCAAGCAAUGGACUGUGAGAUAUAUGCCGAGUCUGAAGUCUUAAGCACAAUGCCUCAGUUCCUUCAUUAUCCAGAGUUUGACGAACAUAGUCGUGCUCAGCCACUUAGGGAUCCUAUCUGGACGGGGCAAUUUAGAUUGAACAAUGCAACACAUUUUCAUCUUGUUGCGUACAUGUCAAGUAAAGCUUCUCCAAAAUUCAAGUUGGCAGUAACAGAGCUCCCUAAAGUGUUUGAUGUAGAGAUGUUACCAAGACGGGUUAUUUGGCCUCAAAGUUUUGACGUCCAUCCACCUAAUAGUGAUGAUAUUGCGCUCUAUUUUGUUCCCCAAUAUGCAAGCGAUGAGAGGAACUUUAAUCGUGUGCUGAACGAAGCAAUUGAACAAGACAAGGCUCUCAAAGUCGUCAGUAACAACCUGAAUAUCUUCAUUUUUUCUUCGCAUUUAUUGCCUCCGGAUGAUAGGCGAAUCUCCCAAAAAUAUUACUUGUGGAGUGUUUUCAAACCAAAGCCAAGAAAAUAGGAGUGGACUUCUAAUAUGUUGGUAUCAACUCUCAAUAUGAAACCUAUAGUGGUGGGGACAAAGAUUAGCAACUUAUCAAAGUGUGAAUUUUAAGACCACGUUAAUGAUUCAUGACUUGUGGUCUGCAAUGUUGAAUGUGUAGUUUGGUACCCAAUAUUAUAGGCUUAAUGUUACUAAAUCCAAUCAUUUAAUCUGUUUUAGGAUAAAAUUGCAAUACCUUGUACAUCAUAGAGGUAUUUGAACAAUUGAAAGUUGAAACAACUACUGCAAAACUUUGGAACUAUAAUGUUACACACUUGAACAAAAAAUGUUAAAUGAAUGAAUAUAAGGAAAAAUCUAAUU